AUAUUUUGAAGGUGCCUACUUAACUGACGAUCUCUUUGUACUUGAUUUUAUGCUAAAUAAUUUCUUUAAUCGAAGGCUACUCUGUUCUUAUUUUUCAUUCUGUUCAUAGAAAUUUAAUAGCUUUCCUUGCAUUAGUUGUCUGAUUAGUCGUGCAAAACUGUUCUCCUGGUUCAAAAGGGAAGCUUGCAAGAAGAAUCAGAUUUUUUUUUUAUUGUAUAGUUUUGGGGAGAACAUUAUUUCAAGGUUAUGAUGCUUUUACGAGGAUUAGGUCAUCAUUUUCCCUGUUAUCGUUUUCCCUCACUAAUUUGCUGAGCGGAUAAGAACCCAUUCAUGGGGACUCAACUUGGAUCGUACCAUCACUUUCUAUGUUUAUCAAAACGAAAGUAACUAUCUUGGAGAGAACUUACGGUUUGUUCCAACACAUGUAUUGUUGAUUGUUCCCUUUCAAUUUUAUAGAUUCAUUUCUACUCUAUUUUCUCUCUUUUUGUGGUAUUUUGUUGGGUUGGUCUAUACUUGGGGCUCUGAUUUAUGUAUCCAGUCCAUUGAGCUGGGGUUCAGAAUCUGAAAUGCAUAUUCUUAGGCAUUCAUAACCUUGUUUGCGUUGAUUUUGUGGAUACUCCGGUGAUUGGAUUGCAUAAGAUAUGUCAUCAAAGCCAAACAAGGAGAGCUGUUCCAGGGGCAGCUCAGCCCGUUCCAAACAUACCGCUAGGGUUUUUGCUCAGACAUCCUUAGACGCCAAGCUCCAUGCUGAGUUCGAGGAAUCAGGCCAGCCCUUUGAUUACUCCAUAUCAAUGGGUGCUGCGAACCUUUCAACAAGUGGCGAGGGUGGAGAGAGCAGUGGCAUCCCAUCUUCUUCAGUUUCCGCCUAUCUCCAACGAAUGCAGAGAGGGCAGUGCAUUCAACCAUUUGGGUGCAUGGUAGCAGUUGAUGACCAAACCUUUGUGGUCAUCGCAUACAGUGAGAAUGCCCCCGAGAUGCUUGAUUUGACCCCCCAUGCAGUCCCCAGCAUUGAACAGCGGGAUGCUUUAACAAUUGGGAUGGAUGCCCGCUCUCUUUUUAGGUCCCUUAGCUUUAUUGCGUUGCAGAAAGCUGCAAGCUUUGCUGAUGUCAAUCUCCUUAAUCCCAUACUAGUGCAUUGCAGAAACUCCGGGAAGCCCUUUUAUGCAAUUCUACACAGGAUUAAUGAAGGAUUAGUUAUAGAGUUGGAGCCUGUUAAUCCAACAGAUGUACCAGUGACUGCUGCUGGGGCGCUUAAAUCAUAUAAACUAGCUGCAAAGGCCAUUUCAAGGUUGCAAUCUUUGCCUAGUGGGAGCAUAUCUCUUAUGUGUGAUGUCUUGGUUCGGGAAGUGAAUGAACUCACAGGCUAUGAUAGGGUGAUGGUUUACAAGUUCCAUGAAGAUGAGCAUGGUGAAGUUAUUGCUGAGUGCCACCGGCCUGAUUUGGAGCCUUAUCUUGGUUUGCAUUACCCGGCCACUGAUAUACCACAGGCUUCAAGAUUUCUGUUCAUGAAGAAUAAAGUUAGGAUGAUAUGUGAUUGCUCUGCUCAGCCUGUCAAAGUCAUACAGGAUCAUAGGUUUGCUCAGCCUAUGAGCCUAUGUGGCUCCACCUUGAGAGCUCCUCAUGGCUGUCAUGCUCAGUACAUGGCUAACAUGGGGUCAAUUGCCUCUCUCGUGCUAUCCAUUACAAUCAAUGAUGAUGACGAUGAUGACGGUACGAGGGAUAGUGAUCAGCAGCCAAAGGGAAGGAAGCUUUGGGGAUUGGUAGUUUGUCAUCACACAAGUCCUAGAUUUGUACCAUUCCCACUUAGAUAUGCUUGUGAAUUCUUGCUUCAAGUUUUUGGAAUACAGCUGAACAAAGAAGUUGAGUUAGCUGCUCAAACAAAGGAGAAGCAUAUACUUCAGACACAGAUUGUUAUAUGUGACAUGAUUCUUAGAGAUUCUCCAAUCAGUAUUUUCACACAGUCGCCUAAUGUAAUGGAUCUUGUUAAGUGUGAAGGCGCUGCCCUUUAUUAUCGUGAGCAGUUUUGGCUACUUGGAACAACCCCUACUGAAGUUCAGAUAAAAGAUAUCAUUGCUUGGCUUCAAGAGUGCCAUGAUGGAUCUACAGGAUUAAGCACAGACAGCUUGACAGAAGCAGGUUAUCCUGGUGCUGAUGCCCUUGGAGAUUCUGUUUGUGGAAUGGCAGCAAUUAAAAUCACUUCUUCUGAUUUCAUAUUUUGGUUUAGACCACAUACCGCCAAGGAAAUCAAAUGGGGAGGAGCCAAGGAUGAACCUGCUGACAAAGAAAAUGAAUUUGGGAAAAUGCAUCCCAGGGCUUCUUUUAAAGCUUUUCUGGAGGUGGUAAAAAAUCGAAGCCUUCCAUGGGAAGAUGUUGAGAUGGAUGCAAUUCAUUCGUUGCAGCUUAUAUUUCGUGGCUUGCUCCAAAAUGAGAUUGUAGCUGUUGAAUCAAAGUCCAUAGUGCAGGCGGAAACUUAUGCUAAACGGAAAAUUCAAGGUUUGGAGGAGCUUCGUACUGUUACUACUGAAAUGGUUCGUCUCAUUGAGACUGCGACAGUGCCAAUUCUAGCUGUUGAUUCUUUGGGGACCUUGAAUGGAUGGAAUACAAAGGCAGCUGAGCUUACAGGGUUGUCUGCCGAAGAGGCUAUUGGAAUGCCUUUUAUCAACCUUGUUGAGGAUGAAACUUCAGAUGCGGCAAAGAAUGUAUUUAGCUUAGCAUUGCAAGGGAAAGAAGAAAAGAAUGUAGAAAUUAAACUUAAAACGUUCGGCCCUAAACAAAAAAAUGGACCUGUUAUCUUAGUAGUCAAUGCUUGUUGUAGCCAUGACCUGAAUGAUAUUGUGGUGGGAGUUUGUUUUAUUGGUCAAGAUAUGACACAGCAUAAAAUGGUCAUGGAUAAGUAUACUCGUAUUCAAGGUGAUUAUACUGCAAUAAUCCGAAAUCCAAGUGCUCUCAUUCCACCAAUAUUCAUGAUUGAUGCAUAUGGUUGCUGCUCUGAAUGGAAUGCUUCUAUGCAAGAAAUUUCUGGUUUGAAGAGAGAGGAUGCCAUAGGUAAAAUGCUCAUAGGGGAGGUUUUUACUCUUCAGAGUUUUGGCUGUAGAGUCAAAGAUCAUGACACCUUAACGAAGCUUAGGAUUGUGCUUAAUCGGGCCAUUGCGGGGCAUGACAUGGAGAAAUUUCUCUUUGGGCUCUAUAAUACGAAUGACAAGUAUGUGGAAGCAUUGCUAUCUGCAAACAAGAAAACAGAUGCUGAAGAGAAGGUUACAGGAGUGUUGUGCUUUUUGCACGUGGCCAGUCCAGAGCUCCAGCAUGCUUUGCAGGCUCAAAGAAUGUCUGAACAUGCUGCAAUGAACAGUCUAAAAGAGUUGGCUCACCUUCGCCAGGAAAUUCGGAAUCCCCUAAGAGGAAUUGUAUUUACACGCAAUUUGAUGGAGGCGUCGGAGCUAACUGAGCAGCAGCAGAAGCUUAUUAGGACAAGCGCCCUGUGUCAUGAGCAGUUGGAAAAGAUCUUAGAUGAUACGAACUUGGAAAACAUUGAACAAUGCUAUUUGGAGCUGAACAUGGUAGAAUUUAACCUUGGGGACGCUCUUGAAGCGGUCAUUGUCCAGGGGAUGGAUCUAAGCAGGGAACGUCAGAUCUCACUUGUUCAUGAUUCUCCUGCAGAAAUUUCGUCUAUGUAUCUUUAUGGAGACAACUUAAGGCUUCAGCAAGUUCUGGCAGACAUCCUUGUAAAUGCAAUUCAGUUCAGCCCACAGGCUGGAGGAUCAGUAGUUCUAUGUGCCAUCCCAAGAAAACAAAAUCUAGCAACUGGAGUGCAGAUCGUCCAUCUUGAUGUUAGGAUUAUUCACCCUGCACCAGGCAUUCCGGAAACUUUGGUGCAGGAGAUGUUUCACCAAAAUCCAGGCAUUUCAAGGGAGGGCCUUGGUUUGUUCUUAAGUCAGAAACUUGUGAAGAUCAUGAAUGGCACAGUACAAUAUCUUAGGGAAGCAGAGAGAUCAUCUUUUAUUGUUCUCGUGGAGUUUCCUUUAGUUGCAAAUACCAAGAAGAGAUAAUCAUGAAUUUAGCUGGAAGUUAUCAUAAUUCUUGAACUGCUGCAGGCAUUUUAGCUCGUAAGUGAAUGAAGUAUGGGAGGGCAUGCACUGGGCAUGCCUCAGUUUUCCUCCGGUAGGUUACAUUUCAAAACAGUUUUGCUUCCUUUGUAAAUUAGAUUAAUUAGUGUAAUUGCUUACGAGAGCUUACAUCCGUUGUGUGCAUAGUGUAUUUCAAGCACUGUUUACACAGACCAAAACUACUUGGGUUAUUCCAAUUA